AUGGCCGGGCGGGGCGGCCGCGCCUGCGGGCAGGUCGGGCAGCGGGAGCCGCCGGAGGGGCAGGGCGCUGGGCGGAGGCGGUGGCAGCCGGCGGCGCAUCCCGAGCAGCAUGAGGCAGCGGCGGCGCCUUGUUCAUCUGCCUGGCCGGCGGCGGCCUGGGCUGCGCCCUCUGCGCCUCCGGAUCCGAGGCAGCGGCGGCCGGGCCGGGAGGCUGCGGCCCCGACGGGGUGGCGGCUGCGGCGGCGGCCGGCGAUGGAGGCGCCGGCGGGGGGCCUACUGCGGCGGCUGCGCGGGCGGCGGCUGCGCUGCGGCGGGGGCUUGCCCAAGCGGCAGUGGCGGCUGCUGGCGGCCGGGCUGACCUGCUGCGCCGCGCUGGCCUUGUACGCCGCCAGCAGCCUGCAGGACCUGCGCCUGCUGCGGCGCUCCCGCGACGAGGACGAGGAGCCGCUGCGCAUCCUGCUCUGGUGGGAGCCCUUCGGGCGCGACCGGCCGCUGGGCGACUGCCGCCUGCGCUACAACAUCAGCGCCUGCAGCCUGAGCACCAACCGCAGCCGCCAGCAGGAGGCGCACGCCGUCCUCUUCCACCACAGGGACCUCAUCCUGCACGGCGCUGGCCAGCUGCCCCCGGCCAGGCCCCCCGGCCAGCGCUGGGUGUGGAUGAACUUCGAGUCGCCCUCCCACUCGCCGGCCCUGCAGGGCCUGGCUGGCCUCUUCAACUGGACCAUGUCUUACAGAGUGGACUCGGACGUCUUCGUGCCCUAUGGCUACCUGCAGCCCAGGCAGGCGCCUGUCCCCUUGGCCUUGCCCACCAAGACCAAGCUGGUCGCCUGGGUGAUCAGCAACUGGAACGAGGAGCACGCCCGGGUCCGCUACUUCCGCCAACUGAAGAAGUAUCUCCCCAUUGACAUUUACGGGGCCCAAGGCCUGGAGCUCAAAAACGACAGCGUGGUCAAGACCGUCUCCGAGUACAAGUUCUACUUGGCCUUCGAGAACUCCCAGCACCCCGAUUACAUCACCGAGAAGCUGUGGAGGAACGCCUUCAAAUCCAGGACCGUGCCCGUCGUCUUGGGUCCUCCCAGGUCCAACUACGAGCUUUUCAUCCCCUCGGAUUCUUUCAUCCACGUUGAUGACUUUGCCAGCCCCGUGCAGCUGGCCGUUUACUUGAAAUUCCUCGAUAAAAAUAAGAACCGGUACAGGAGGUAUUUUGCCUGGCGGAAAAGAUUCGAUGUCCGGGUGACUUCAUUCUGGGAUGAACACUGCUGCAGGGUCUGUGAAGCCAUCAGGGCUGCAGGGGACCAACGCAAGACCAUACAGAAUCUUGCAAACUGGUUUGAGAGUUGACCAUGUUGGUCUAGCCAGAGUUCUACCAAGGAAAGGAAAUAAGAGAUAUACAGAGAGCUGAGG